AUGUUUUAUCUUUUUCUUCUUGUGACAUCUCUUCUUCUUCGUGCGGCAUAUGGUCUUGCGACGAAGAGAGGGAUUGCUUACAACAACAACAAUCCUUCCGCAGAUGCGGUCUAUGCGAACCUUUUCAAGGGACACACCAAGGUAUCAUGGGGGUUUGAUUGGGGAUAUCCCUCCUGGAAUCUGGACUCAUCAUUCGAGUUUGUUCCCAUGCUGUGGGGACUACCCAGUGCUGCUGAUCCGGACUGGACGACCGCUGUGCAAACUCCAGGGACGAGGAAUAUCCUUGGGUUCAACGAACCCGAUCUGACCUAUGACGCUUCAUCGAAUAUCAUCCCCGAGAAGGCAGCAGCUGGCCAUCUUGCCUACAUACAGCCCUUUGCAGGAACCGUACGAAUCGGGUCUCCUAGUGUGCUGUGGAAUAAUGUUGGCUCAUCUUCCGGCGGCUCCUAUGAUACAGCUACGUGGACUCAAUACUUCCUGGGAAACUGUACUGGGUGUCAUUUUGACUUUGCAGCUAUUCACUAUUACCAGGACUGCGUUACUCCCGAUGGUCAGAAUGGUGCCGUUUGGUUCGAAGGCAAUGUGACCGAUGCGCAUGAUGUUUUGGGGCUCCCGGUUUGGAUUACGGAGUUUGAGUGCUAUGGAAAUGAGGAGCAGCAAAUUGCAUUUUUGGAGCAGGCUCUUCCUUGGUUGGACUCACAGGCUUAUGUGGAGAGAUAUGCGUAUUUCGGUGCUUUCCCUGAAUAUCUCGUCAAUGCGGAUGGAACUGGGUUGUCUCAUUUGGGAAGCGCUUACGCAAGUCUUUGA